AUGUUAUGUCUUUUAUUUACAAAUUUAAUAAACACACUAGAAUGGAACUAUAAUAACAAUAAAUCUGCAAAUCAAAAUUCAAAAGUGUCAUCAAAGGAUUUCAUGGGUUACUGUAAUGCUGACUAUAAAUUUUUUGGUAAACCUCCCAAUUUUCAUCUCGAAAAAUUAAUAGUAAUUUUCAGACAUGGAGACAGAGCUCCCAUUAAAAAUUAUUACUCUGAUUGGGAAAAUAAAAAUUGCAUAAAAUGCAACUUUACAGGUGAAAAAAUAAAUAAUUGUCAGAAAAAAAAAUGUGAAGAGGGAGAAUUAACAUCUAAAGGAUACGACCAGGCACAGAAACUUGGCGGAUUUAUAAAAAAGAAUUAUCAAAAGCUACUAUUUCCUGAUAAUUUACAUAAAGAAUAUAUUUCGUAUAGAGUCACUAAAAUUGGCAGAACACACUCUACAUUAAUGGGUGUUAUGAAUGGACUAGCCAAAACUAAAAGUAUAAGGCAUAUACGUCCUAUACCUUAUACUGAUCCAUUAAUGAAAAUAAAAAAGUGUAUGUACUUAGAAAAGCAAAUGAGUUUAGAUUUCAAAAUAAGUAUAAAGACAUUUAAUUUAUUUUAUAAAUUGGGUAUUUUAAAUGGAAAAAAAUUAUCUUAUUUUUCAGAUGAAUUGAAAUGUGCAAUGUGUAAUAACAUAACAAUUAAUUUAAAAAAUAAAGAUGAUGUAUUUAAUAAAAUAAUUAAAAUAUCCUUUGACAAUUGGUCUAAACAGAUGAGUAAUGUUAUAAAAAACGACAUGUCUAAAACCAUCUUAUUCGGUAGAUUUGGAUUUGAGCUUAUAGAUGAACUGCAAUCAGAGUCAGUUUUAAGCCUUAUUUCAGCACACGAUGGAAGUAUAGCAAUGAUCCUUGCAGCCUUAACUUCUGAUAUUCAAAAAUGGCCUCCGUAUGCUUCUGCUAUUUUUAUAGAAUUGUGGUGUAAAUCAACCAAAAAGUACGUUAGAUUAAUUUACAACGAUAAGAAAAUAAACUUUGAUGGAUACGCAGAAGAAUUAAUUCCGUUAAAUGUUUUUCUCUAUUAUAUUUAUUCUUUAAGUCUUGACGAUACAGAAAUAUCAAGAAUGUGUCAGAUUAAUACAAGUAGUAUAAAUAAUAGUAAUUUGUUAAGAAAUGAAGAUGAAAAUGAUGAUUAUUUCUUUAAAUUAUUCUAA